AUGGAACUCCGCACGCCCUGGAGAUGCGCAGUCGCAAGGCGCUUUGCAUCGGAGUGGGCCACCGGCGGCGGCGGGCGUCGUCGGGAAGGGCCGAGCGGCCGCUCAGCCGCUCGAGGAGAGCUGAUGGACGGCGACAUACCUAGAGCGAGUGAGCUCGUGCAGACGGCCGAGAUCGACGCGGCAGCAGAGAUCCAUGUUCACGUCUCCGAUCUGCCCCAGGACGUGGAGAAUGUUGAUGAGGAAGAGGACCCAGCUGACAGCAAAAUGCCGGAUGAGAUCGAGCUGGCGAAGCACGUUGAUGAACCCCCCGUGGACUGCAUAAUGGCGACUGAGAGCGAGCUGGGUCAGCUCACCGAGGAGAUCCCCACGGACAAUGAAAUGUUGGACGAGGCUGAGUUGGCGCGGCACGCCGAGGAAAUCCCCGCGGACGCAAGAAUGGUGAACGAGAGUGGGCUGGAGCAGUAUGCCGAGGAGGUCCCCGUGGAAUCCAAUACCGACGUGAGUGCAGGUAGCCAGGCCGCCGACUUGCCCCAGGAGACAAGGUACGAUGAGGAGGAGGAUGAGGAGAAGGGCGCAGCUGACAUCACGAUGUCGAAUUCGAGUGAGCUGGAGCAUUUCGCCGAUGAUCUCUUAGUGGAUCCCAGCUCCGACGCGCCAGCAGAAAGCACCGGUGCCGACUUGACCCAGGAGGAGGGAGAUGAGGAGGAGGAAGAGGAGGAGGAGGAGGAGGAGGCAGAGGACCCGGCUGACAACAGAAUGCCGAACGCGAGUGAGUUGGCGCAGUUUGCUGAGGAGUUCUCGACGGAAUCUGGCAGCGGCGUGGCCGCAGAAAGACAGGCCGCCGACUGGUCCCAGGAGGGAGAGGAGGGAGGCGAGGAAGAAGGCGCGGCCGACAGCAUCAUGCCGAUCUUUAGUGAGCUGCUGGUCUACCCCGAGGAGUCGUACGUGGAGUGCAGCACCGACGCGGCAGCAGAAGUCCAGGCCACAGACUCACCGCAGGCGGAGGAGGACGACGAGGCAGAGGACCCGGCUGACAUCAGAAUGCCGAACGCGAGCGAGUUGGCGCAGUACGCCGAGGAAGUCAUUAUCGAACCCAGCACCGACGAGACCGCAGAUAGCCAGAGCAACGACUUGUUCCAAGAGGCAGAUGAGGAUGAAAUGGAGGACGAGCAUGAAUCGGAUGCGGUGGGCAGCAUGAUGUCGAAUGCGAGUGAGCUGGCGCAGAGCUCCCUGUAUGUCUUGACGGAGUCAAGAGCCGAGGCGGUGUCAGCGUCCGCUUCGUCGAGCUCCUGCUCUGCGAGCAGCAGCAGUACCACCAACAAGCCAGAGAGUCAGCGGAGAUACUCUAGCGUCUGGGGCAACAACAGGAUCGGGACUGGGCACGCCCGAUCCGCGCUCGACUCGGUGCAGGCUUGGAGCUCUAGGUGGAACAGACACGGCCAUUGGAUGCAGCUGGACCUAGGCACAUCUGUCAUUGUCAGUGGCGUUGUGACUCAAGGUCGUGCGAACUGGAAUCAGUGGGUGACCAGCUACCAGGUGGCCACCUCCGAGGAUGGGAGCGUCUGGCAAACCGUCGGCGGCACGUACACUGGCAACCGGGACCGCUCGACGAAGGUGAAGGGGAUGUUCCCAUCCCCGCAGGUGGCGCGGUGGCGGAUGUCCGCAUCAAGCCCCGAGGAUGGCAUGGGCACAUGUCGAUGA